AAUUCAAUCCGAUCAAAAGUAUCUUUGACGUCCGCAAGGACUCGUCGCACACAGUGGAACAGAAGACAAAAGAAGGAGAGAGAGAAGGUCUCAGAGCUGGAUUGGAUACAGAGCCAUAGAUGGAGAGAGAACACUAUUUCAAUGAAGAAGGAUAUAUAGAACAAGAAGAAUAAGAAGAAAGUACCCUAGAAAAAGGAAAAAGAAAAAAAUUAAUAUUUUUAAAGUUACUGAAGAAGCCGAAGAAGAAGACAGAUGGAAGAAUAAUUUUGAUAUUUCAGGAAAUUGUUUGUGGCUCCGUUUGAUCGAAAUAUUCGGGCUUCAGACUGUCAGUGCUGAAUUUCAACUCCUACGAGAGUACCGGGGUUGGGGUUUCCUCAGGUGCUACAUUUGAUGUGGAAGACUGUGCUUCUUUAGAUGGUCUUCGGAAGCGAGAAUGCAUUUUUUGUUGUGUCACGGAAUUUUAGUGAUCCAAGGAUUUUUAAAUAGCAGAGACUUGAGCCAUUGCUGGCUAGUAUAUGUUCCUUCUGAAAACUAGUGGAAUGCAAGAAUGUUCAGAAUCGAAGCUUGUUGCCUGAUUUUAGUUUUCCUUUUUCUUCCUUUGGUGUUCAUCACUGCUACACAGCAUUUUUUUAGAAAGAGAACUUUUUCACUUCGUUGGGUACAAAUGAGAACUCUCUGGUCUCGAGCUCUAGAUUUAAGAGUAAUACAUCUGCUGGGUUGAGUGAGAUCCAUUAAUCUGAGCCUUGUUGUUUGGUGCUGCUUCUUUGGAUCUCGUGGUGUUUAGUUUGUAUUUCAUGCUGUUAUAGUUAAAUUCUUUCAACUUUAGCUUAUAGCCCGUAGUUUGUGCUAUUGGAAAGAUGGUGCCCUCGGGGCCUCCGACUCCUGUCGGUGGUGCCCAAUCCGUCUCGCCUUCACUCAUGCGAUCAAACUCUGGCCUUUUGGGAGCGCAAGGUGGUGCGAUUCCUUCACAGACAGGGUUUCCUUCACUUGUCUCUCCGCGUACUCAAUAUAAUAGCAUAAACUUGCUUGGUAACAUGCCCAAUGUUUCCUCUAUCCUCAACCAAUCUUUUGGGAAUGGUGGGUCGAACUCUGGCCUUUCUGGUUCGGGGAGUAUCCAACGUGGUGGGGUUGAUACAGGGGCUGAGUCUGAUCCACUGUCUAUUGCCGGUAAUGGAAUGAACUUCACUUCUUCACCUCUGUCAUUUGCACCACCAAACACUGGGAACAUUGGCUCAACUGGUCAAGGUCAGGGGCAGCAAUUCUCAAACCCAUCUGGGAACCAGCUGGCACCUGAACAGCAGCAAUCUCAGCAUCUUGAGCAGCAAAACUUCCAGCAUGGUCAGCAUUCAUUGCAGCAGUUCUCUGUUCCUCACAGCCACCAGCAGCAACAACAACAGCAGCAGCAACAGCAGCAGCAGCAGCAAUUUCAGCCAAUUCGGGGAGGUUUGGGGAGCAUUGGGCCUGUUAAAUUGGAGCAACAGAUGACCAACGACCAAAAUGGGCAGCAGCAACAUUUGCAGUCCUUGCGGAGUCUGGGUCAAGUGAAAUUGGAACCUCAACAAAUCCAGACCUUGAGAAAUUUAGGGCCUGUCAAACUGGAACAACAACAUUCAGAUCAGUCAUUGUUUCUUCAGCAACAACAGCAGCAGCAUCAAUACCUCCAAAUGACCAGGCAGUCUUCUCAGGCGGCUGCUGCUGCUCAGAUUAAUCUGCAGCUACAACAGCAGCGUAUCCUGCAGCUACAACAGCAGCAGCAGCAGCAGCAGCAGCAACAGCAACUCUUGAAGGGACUUCCUCAGCAGCGGUCUCAGUUGCCGCAGCAGUUUCAACAGCAGAGUUUGCCUGUGAGAUCUCCAGUUAAACCUACCUAUGAACCUGGGACAUGUGCGCGGCGUUUGACACACUAUAUGUAUCACCAACAACACAGGCCUGCUGACAAUAAUAUUGAGUUCUGGAGGAAAUUUGUUGCUGAGUACUUUGCUCCCAAUGCCAAAAAGAGGUGGUGUGUCUCUCUGUAUGGAAAUGGUCGGCAAACAACUGGUGUUUUCCCUCAGGAUGUAUGGCACUGUGAAAUAUGCAAUCGCAAGCCUGGUCGGGGUUUUGAAGCGACGGUUGAAGUUUUACCCAGGCUUUGCAAAAUCAAGUAUGAUAGUGGUACUUUGGAAGAACUUCUCUAUGUUGAUAUGCCACGUGAAUAUCAGAAUGCAGCAGGGCAAAUAGUCCUAGACUAUGCAAAAGCAAUACAGGAAAGUGUAUUUGAGCAACUGCGUGUAGUUCGUGAUGGUCAGCUAAGAAUUGUUUUUUCACCUGAUCUAAAGAUUUGUUCUUGGGAGUUUUGUGCUCGGCGUCAUGAGGAGCUCAUUCCUCGAAGGUUGAUCAUUCCUCAGGUUAGUCAGCUUGGAGCAGCAGCUCAGAAAUACCAGGCUGCUAGCCAAAAUGGAUCAUCCAACCUAUCUUCUCAGGAUUUACAAAAUAACUGCAAUAUGUUUGUUGCAUCAGCUCGCCAAUUGGCAAAAGCUUUGGAGGUGCCUUUAGUAAAUGAUUUAGGAUAUACGAAGAGAUACGUGCGGUGUCUUCAGAUAUCAGAAGUCGUUAACAGCAUGAAAGAUUUGAUUGAUUAUAGCAGAGAAACAGGGACUGGACCUAUGGCAAGUUUGAUCAACUUCCCUCGGAGAACCAGCGCUUCAUCUGGGCUUCAAAGUCCAGGUCAACAAGCUGAGCAGCAGCAGCAGCAACAGCAACAAACCAUGGUGCAAAACUCUAGCAAUGAUCAGAGCUCUGUCCAGGCCACUGGUGUGCAGCUCACUGCAAACAAUGCGGUUGUUAGUGUAAAUAACUCCCUAAACUCAGCAUCCACUUCCACAUCUGUGAACCCUAUUGUUGGGCUACUCCACCAGAACUCCAUGAAUUCGAGGCAGGAAAACUCGAUAACCAAUGCUAACAGUCCGUAUGGUGCGAGUACAGUGCAGAUCCCAUCAGCAGCGGCUUCCUCAAGUUCAAUACCACAGGCUCAAACAAACCCAUCAUCCCCAUUCCCAUCACCGACACCUUCGUCUAACAAUCCUCAGAAUUCUCAUAGUGCCUUACCAGCAACAACAGUGAAUGCAGCAAACCAGAUGAGUAGUGCAAAUUCACCAGCGACCAUUGCAAUGCAACAGCCAACUCAGCCCACUGAGGCUGCUGACCCAAAUGAUUCCCAGAGCUGUGUCCAGCAGAUCAUACAAGAAAUGAUGAUGUCUACUCAUCAGCUAAAUGGAGGGAGUAGUAUGGGUGGUGUUAGUUCCUUGGGAAACGACAUGAAAAACAUCAAUGGGAUCGUGCAGACGGGCAAUAACACGGCUCUCAAUGGCGGAAACUGUUUGGUUGGAAAUGGGAUUGCCAACAGUUCAGGCAUUGGCAGUGGGGGAUUUGGUAACAUGGGUGUUGGAAUUAGUACACCUGCAACAGUUAGUGGAAUUAGAGCUGCGAUGGGCAAUAACUCCAUGGCGUUGAAUGGGCGGGUUGGCAUGCCAUCAAUGUCACAGGACUCUGGAAUGAACUAUCAACAAGAAGAUUUGGGGAAUCGGCUGUUAAGUGGGCUUGGUACAGUAAACAGCUACCAUAAUAAUCUCCAAUUCGGUUGGAAAUCAUCCCCGUAGAAGGCUUUUUUUGAAUGAUAAGUGUGUGUUUUCGAUGGAUGCUGUUGGAGCAGUGUCAGAUAUAUCCAGACUGCUUGUGUCAAAUGUAGUCCAAGCAUACCACAGCUUCCAGUUCUGUACUAAUUCCAGGAAAGGUAAAAAAGUAUAGUGUAGUGUCCAUUGAAACGUUGUAAUCCACCACAUCAGCUUUGGGUUUCUUUCUUUUUCUUUCCCCACAUUUUGGGUCACCUACGUAUGUGAUGAGGGUUACUGAUGGGAAGUCCUUGUAUUUUAUGGUUCCAUAUAGAAGCUUUUCACCACUAACACCCCUAAAAUGGGGAAUCA